UGUCACGAGUGACCUCGCAUUCGAGAAAGCUCGAAGGGACAGGACAGAAGGCAAAUUGUUGGUGCAGCAGACAGCUCGCGGUUUCACUCGAAGAAAGUUGACAUACAGAUCUGAAAAAUGGCAGAAGCAGAUUCAGAUAGAACUGUCGUCAUCGCUAUGGACGGGAGCAAACACUCCGACGAAGCAUUUCAAUGGUAUAUGAAGAAUAUUUACAGAAAGAAGGACCAUGUGAUCUUUGUGCAUUGCCCAGAGUACCACACAAUUAUACAGUCACCGAUGGUGAUGGCGGAUGUGACUGUACUGACUGACCUGUACAGGGACGAGGAGAGGAAGGUGAAGGAGUUCCUUGAAACCCUGGGGCAGAAGCUGAAGGAUGCUGGGAUCGGAGGUAGAAUUAAGAGUGUCGGAGGCAGCCCUGGGGAGGUCGUGUGUCAAGUCGCAGAUGAGGAGAAGGCGAGUCUCAUUGUGACAGGUACACGCGGUAUGGGGCAGAUCAGACGUACAUUUGUGGGCAGCGUCAGUGACUACAUCAUUCACCAUGCACAUGUACCUGUCGUUGUAUGUCGGCUGAAGGGCGCCCAUGACAAACAUGACCAUUAACAGCUCCACUGCCUGAAGUUGAAGCCUCCAGUAGAGACUGACGUCAUCAGUUGAUACCGUACAUGGACUCAGUUAUCAAACACAUUGUGGCCUUAAAGCAAACUCCAUGCUGUUUUGUGUUACCCUGAUAGUGAUCAACUGGAGAAAGUGAUUCUUCAUAUUAAUUGGUUCUGCUUGAUAAAUAAUCAUGGAGCUGUAAAAAUUAUUGAAAAUAUUUGCCUUAUUCUUCCAAAUAGCAUUUUAAGUUUAAGCCAUCCUUUAGUUUACAUUAAAUUUACAUACAUUUGCAAAGAGUUGAAUAUUUGAACCUUUUGUGAUUCAUUUGAGACCACACAAACAUAAUUCUAGGCUUAAGUUGGUUUUGGUCACAUGACAGUGUUGAAUGUCUCAAGAUAUGUCUCCAAAUUAGGGCAUAAUGUCAUAAACAAAUGCCUGUCAAACCUUUUACCUUUAAUCACUUUUCAGAAGUGUUAAGGACAAGAUGUAAUGACUUGUUAACUUCACAUCAAUUGUGUUCAUGUACAUCUCUUUAUUAUUCAGCAGGUAAUACUAAAUCAGAGAUACAGUAUUAUCAGCAUAGAAGGUGUGAGAUUUUGUUUAAUAACUUGACUUGAAAACAUUCCUGGACCAGACCAAAUUUCGAUGAAUGCAAUUUUCACAUAUUAAUCAGAAUUUUCAUGUAGUUUAGUUCAAUUUUAUUUGGUUCCUCUAUGCUCGUACUUACUUCCUGUCUCAACAGGUUGCUCAACGUAAAAUCAAAAAGAUCUCAUAUUCAAGUAUUAAGGUUUUUGGUGUCCUUUUAUUAUUACUCAUAUAAUCAAGUCAUUUACUCUCUCUCAAUUACUCCAUUUGAACUUACAUAACAGAAGUGGAUGUGCCUGGUUUGUUUGUUUGUUUGUUGUGUAACGCCGCACUCAGCAAUAUUCAAGCUAUAUGAUAGCGGUCUGUAAAUAAUCGAGUCUGGACCAGACAAUGCAGUGUUUGACAACAUGAGCAUCGAUCAUCACAAUUGGGAUCGAUGACAUGCUUCAAUCAAGUCAGCGAGUCUGACCAACCGAUCCCUUUAGUCGCCUCUUACGACAAACAUAGUCACCUAUUACGGAUGUGCAUGGUACGUAGGUGCAUGAAUAUUUUAGCCCACUAGACAAAUGCUAGUGAAAUGUGACUCAGACUAGCUAUUCUGUAAUUGUGUUUUCAAGGUGGGUAGCAAAUCAAGAGAGAUAUUUGCCAGAAUGUGUCUUGUCGCUCCAGCCCUUUAGUAUUUGCUUGGAUAAUCAUGCACCUUGUUAAUAUUACAAAUGAGGACCAAAACAAUUUGUUCAUCAGAAGAUAAACUUGUUAUAUUAGGAAAAGGUUUUGUUUAUACUGCCAGACCAAUACUGUUGACCAGACAAAUCAACAAAUGAAUAACAACUAGUGGACAUUUUAUUGGAAAUGUUUGUGAAAUGUUAUAUUCUGAUAAACAGGUUAUUGAUUUGCAGUUAACAUGUUUAAGUGCCAGUUCAAUUGGGACAGCUGUUCAUUUUAAUGAAUAUCAAUUAUCAAAAUUGUUAUUGUAUGCGGUGGCCUAUGAUAAUCAGAAGUCAUUGAUUAAACUGUUUGCAGGAACAGA